CUGACCAGAGAAAGGCUCCCCGUCCGUGCUCCCCAUCCUCUCCCAGGGACGGCACCCAGGCGCUCGGAGAUGGCGCUCCGCGGGACCCUCCGGCCGCGCAAAGUUCGCAGGAGGCGAGAGUUGCUGCCGCAGCAAGUCGGCUUCGUGUGCGCGGUGCUGGCCCUGGUGUGCUGUGCGUCCGGCCUCUUUGGCAGUUGGGGGCACAAAACAGCUUCUGCCAGCAAGCGUGUUCUGCCAGACACUUGGAAGAAUAGGAAGUUGAUGGCCCCAGUGAACGGGACUCACACAGCUAAGAACUGCACCGAUCCUGCGAUUCACGAGUUCCCCACAGACCUGUUCUCCAAUAAGGAGCGACAGCAUGGAGCCAUCCUGCUGCACAUCCUCGGUGCUCUGUACAUGUUCUACGCCUUGGCCAUAGUGUGCGAUGACUUCUUCGUCCCGUCUCUAGAGAAGAUCUGCGAGAAACUCCAUCUGAGCGAAGAUGUGGCAGGAGCCACCUUCAUGGCUGCAGGAAGCUCGACACCCGAGCUGUUUGCUUCUGUGAUUGGCGUGUUCAUCACCCAUGGAGAUGUCGGGGUGGGGACCAUCGUGGGCUCAGCUGUGUUCAACAUUCUGUGCAUAAUUGGAGUGUGUGGAUUGUUCGCGGGACAGGUGGUCCGGCUGACGUGGUGGGCUGUGUGCCGAGACUCCGUGUACUACACCCUCUCUGUCAUCGUGCUCAUCGCGUUCAUCUAUGAUGAAAAAAUUGUGUGGUGGGAAGGCCUGGUGCUCAUCAUCCUCUAUGUGUUUUAUAUUCUGAUUAUGAAGUACAAUGUGAAGAUGCAGGCCUUCUUCACCAUCAAACAAAAGAGCAUCGCGAACGGCAACCCGGUCAGCAGCGAGCUGGAGGCUGGUAAUGAUUUCUGUGACGGUAGCUAUGAUGACCCGUCCGUGCCAUUGCUGGGGCGAGUGAAGGACAAGCCCCAGUACAGCAAAAACCCAGUGCUGAUGGUGGACGAGAUCAUGAGCUCCAGCCCUCCCAAGUUCAGCUUCCCCGAAGCAGGCUUACGCAUAAUGAUCACCAACAAGUUUGGGCCCAGGACCCGACUACGGAUGGCCAGCAGGAUCAUAAUUAACGAGCGACAGAGGCUGAUCAACUCAGCCAACAGCGUAAGCAACAAACCACUCCAGAACGGGAGGCACGAGAACAUCGAGAAUGGGAACGUGCCUGUGGAAAACCCUGAAGACCCUCAGCAGGAUCAGGAGCAGCAGCCGCCACCACAGCCACCACCCCCGGAGCCAGAGCCAGUAGAGGCUGCCUUCCUGUCCCCAUUCUCCAUGCCCGAGACGAAAGGGGACAAAGCCAAGUGGGUGUUCACUUGGCCGCUCAUCUUCCUCCUGUGCAUCACCAUCCCCAACUGCAGCAAGCCCCGCUGGGAGAAGUUCUUCAUGGUCAGCUUCAUCACGGCUACGCUGUGGAUUGCCGUGUUCUCCUACAUCAUGGUGUGGCUGGUGACUAUCAUCGGAUACACAUUCGGGAUCCCCGAUGUCAUCAUGGGCAUUACUUUCCUGGCCGCAGGGACGAGCGUUCCAGACUGCAUGGCCAGCUUAAUUGUGGCGAGACAAGGCCUGGGCGACAUGGCGGUCUCUAAUACCAUAGGAAGCAACGUGUUUGACAUCCUGGUUGGACUCGGCAUCCCCUGGGGCCUGCAGACCAUGGUUAUUAACUACGGGUCCACGGUGAAGAUCAACAGCCGCGGUCUGGUGUAUUCCGUGGUGCUGUUGCUGGGCUCCGUCGCGCUCACCGUCAUCGGCAUCCAUCUGAACAAAUGGCAGCUGGACCGGAAGCUGGGCAUCUACGUACUGGUUCUCUACGCCAUCUUCCUGUGCUUCUCCAUAAUGAUAGAGUUUAACGUCUUCACCUUCGUCAAUCUGCCCAUGUGCCGGGAAGACGAUUAAAGCUGAACUGCUGCCCCCGGGAGCCGUCCUGGCACCCCAGGACGCUGGCGUCCUCCUCUCUCUCCUCCCCCACCACAGGUCUCUCCUGCGUCGGCAGCCACCGUCUGCUCUUUCACACGCUGGACAGGAGAGCCGACGUGGGCUCUGUCUGGUCUCAGGCCAGGCUGCGGGGCGUCCUUCUCGUCCUCGCAGCUCUACCCUCCAAGGCAGGAUUCAGGGACCCUUCUGUGAGCAGCACCACGGCCUGCUGAGCUGCCAGCCACAGGGAUGUGUCGCGUGUCUCACCUCUCUCCUGCACACUUUAGUCUAAGGGACUUGCGUGUGCAAUCUGUCUUUUGGUUACACGGGCAGCCUCAGAAAUGAGGCGGCUGGUGAGCCUGAGGUCUUCCGGGGCAAGUGCAAACUAGAGACGUGUUCUGCGGUGUCACCUCCAGGCCGGAGGAGUGGCUUCUUAGGCAGCACAUGCUACCAAGAGCCUCGAGUUCUGGGGAAGUGCUCAUGGUUCAGAGGGGACCGGGCCUCAACCUGAUGGGGCUUGAGACCGUGAUGGUAAACAUUGCACCCCUCUUUCUGGAAAAAAAUGGGAAGAAUGGAAACAUUUUCUCCCAGCAGGAGAGAGAAAAUGAGCAAAUAUGCUUCUCACUUUUAUUGAUGCAUUCAGAGAAUGAGCAAUGGAAUUUGACAAAUAAAACAUCACAUGGUCAUCGUACUUGAAAAUUUCAUUCCACACAAAAGGAUCGGAUCAAGGACCACAAAGGUAAUGCUUAUGAAAAACGGAUCCGAUGCGUAUCGUGAUGUUUGGUUUGGAACCUAGAAAGAGGUGGGAGACUAACACCAAAACGGGUGCUAACUCAGAGACACAGUGGAGGUCAUGGUUUACAGCAGAACAUUCCAGACCUUCUCUGUGACCCCAUGUCCUGUCCGUUUGGGUUUGUCAUUUCUUCGUUGAUGCUCUAGUUUCAAAACCAUCCUGUUGAAAGACCUGAUUGUUGAUAUGCCCACCAAAUUUCAUAACCUGCCGAGUCACAACGAGCGUAUGCCAGAAAUAAUGGUGAAUGACACAAAGGUUCUGAAAAGCAGUGUGCUGCUUUCUGGUCUCUGAAGACACAUGAAAACUUUAACUUAGAAUGUGUAGAGCUAAGUUUCUUGAACACAUAUUUCUAGCUGAACACAUAAAAAGGCCAAGGAUGGAAGGCGGAUUUCAAAAGUAGGUAGGAAACUCUAAAACCAUGUUUGACUGCUUCACAGCUCUAAAGUAUGUACGAAAAAGAUUUAUGAACAGAGAGCAGUCAUGGUUUCGAAAGAGAAAGCACAAUUAAUUUUAUAUAGAGGUGUUUUUAUUUUUUUAACGUUUCUAUUGCAAGAGUCUAUCAGAUGUGAUGCACUUUUAAUAUCGGGAUAUUUUGCAAGGAAGAAUGUAGGGAAUGGACCAUGGUGACCCGAGAAGGGAGGCUUUUAGCCAUUCACCGGAAAUCAGUCGUUUGAAACUUGGUGUUGAGUUUAAGUCCAGUAGCUAAUCUCCUCCUGAUCGAGAUCGUGACUCACGCUGGAAUUUGUGACUGUGCUCUUUAAGGCCUCCUGAAUUUCGAAAGGAGGAAGCGUUCAAGCUUGUGUCCCUUCCGUUGGCUUUAGCGUGGGCCUGCAGCCAGCCUCCCAUGGCCAGGCUUCUGUUCUGGACUCACAUCAGUAUUAGCUACUCCGGUUACCGAGUUAAGGUUCUCCUUUUGCUUCUCUAUUUAGACAUUGGGUUCCUUGGGUUUCAAGCAGAGGAACAAGUGGGAUUUUUCCUAAUAAAGUUGCUCAGGGGGAGGCCGAGGACCCUGUAGGUCCGUUGGUAUAAACUUUAGCCUCAUGGGUGCCCUAAUAGCUUCGUUCACCUGGUCCCUCCUGUGUCGUAGACUCACCCAGCUCCUAAAGUGCUCUGUCUGUUUUGAAUCUCCACACUGCCCUGUGGUGUAAGUAGGGAUUGUUCUUUCCAUUGAACAGAAAAUUUAGCCUUGGGGAGGUCAAGAGACAGUCCAGUGGCCAGUUAGAAGCCAAACUGGGGCUGAGGGCCAGCCCAUCAGCCCUCGCCAGCUCAGCCUGCCGUGUGGGUCGGCCCUCCUGGGGGAAGGGGUGCUAGUGAUCGGUUCUUAUUAAGUCAAACCUCAUCGAUACUCGAUUAACGCCGGGUUCCCCAGAUGAUAUCCUCAUCUCCGUCCCUAGCCAAUGUCCCUCUUUUGUCCUGGAAAAGACCAAAAGCUAUCUUUGGCUAUGGCAAGGCUCAGAUCACAUGGCCCCUGUUGGUUUUUCAUUUUCCGGACCCUUAUGUAGCUUUAAGGGAGCAUAUCUUAAUUACCCUCCUCUCCCUCGGAAGAAUCCAUUUGAGAUGAUCAAGUACUGCAGUUGCAGCCAAAGACUAAACAAUCAUAUCUUUCGAUAUGUAGUGCAAUCCUCGGGAUUGAGUUUUCUUUUGACUGUAAUGUGCCAAUGUAACGUCCGUAAAGGAUCUAUGCAUUUAUUCUAUCUAGGAAACUACAUGUACACUGUAGGUGAAAAAUGCUCUUUUCUAGCUAAAUAUUCUUCCAUCCCAAGUCUAGAGAAUAGCUUGAUUGAUUGGGCCUUCAUUUUAAAAUUCUGCUGCCAUCCCUACACAGGAUUACUUUUUAUAUUUUAUUCCCACAGCUAAUUAACAUGGGGUAAUUACUCUGCUACAAACAUAGGCGAUUACAAAAAUUAAUUUAGCUCUUCUCACUAGGGGCAGGAAGUAAAGAAUAUCAUUGCACUCAGAUGGAAAAAUGUCUGUGGGAGCAGGAGCAGGUGGUUCCUGUCAAGGUGGUUUGGAAUUUGCUCUGACCAGCUCAAGCCUGGUUAGGGUCAGACCUGGUUGGGGUCAAGCCUGGUUAGGGUCAGACCUGGUUGGGGUCAAGCCUGAUUAGGGUCAGACCUGGUUAGGGUCAAGCUUGGUUAGGGUCAGACCUGGUUAGGGCAAUAUCUGGAGAACCUGGCCCUGGAGGAAGGUUCCAGGCAGCUGCAAGGAGGGACUGAUGAUUGAAGACACCACGGUCCCCUCCCCUGACCCUUCUUCCUAUAACCACGGUCUACCUGUCCCCGUGCUUCUCUUGUCACCUGUCUCCAGCUCGCUCAGACCUGAAUGCCUUUGUGAGUUUUUUUCUGUUUGUUACCCCACUUGUGAGGGCUACUGCUUGCUUUGGCCCUGUCAACCCCCCGCCUUUCCAGGCCCAAGCAGCCGAUAAGGCCCUAGCCUUCCCUGAGCUGGAUUAACUAGUUGGGGUAUGCACUGUCACCUAAGGGAGGUCCUGCAGACCCCAACCUAAGACCCCUCCUGGGCUGCCCAGAGUCUAGGCUUCUUCCAUCACUCAUGAGUGCUUGCAGGCUGGGCAGCAUUGGCAGGAGGCCGCUGGGUG